AUGGCUCCAAUAACAUCAUCAGUCGCAAAGACUGCUCAAUUAGCAGCACAAGCUGUCAAAUACAACAAAACACCAAUUCACAAAUUGGGUCAAGCGCAAGCAAUGAGAAUGCAAUUCAACAACACUUCAAACAUACUCACUUCAGCUCGUUGCAACAACUCCAAAUCUGGCCAGCAAGAAAUGACAGUGAGGGACGCCUUAAACUCUGGUUUAGCAGAAGAAUUGGACCGUGAUGAUGAUGUGUUCUUAAUGGGAGAAGAGGUUGGUCAAUAUAACGGUGCUUACAAAGUGAGUAAAGGUUUGUUAGAUAGAUUCGGUGAAAGAAGAGUCAUUGAUACUCCAAUCACUGAAAUGGGAUUCACCGGGUUGGCGGUUGGUGCCGCAUUCCAUGGAUUAAAGCCAGUUUUGGAAUUUAUGACCUUCAAUUUCGCCAUGCAAGCCAUUGAUCAAAUUAUCAACUCUGCCGCCAAGACCUAUUACAUGAGUGGUGGUAUUCAACCUUGUAACAUUACAUUUAGAGGUCCAAAUGGUGCUGCUGCCGGUGUUGCUGCUCAACAUUCACAAGAUUACGCUGCUUGGUAUGGUUCCAUUCCAGGUUUGAAAGUCUUGUCACCAUAUUCUGCUGAAGAUUACAAAGGUUUGAUCAAGGCUUCAAUUAGAGAUCCAAACCCAGUUGUGUUUUUGGAAAAUGAAAUUGCAUAUGGUGAAUCAUUCCCAGUCAGUGAAGAAGUACUCUCUUCAGACUUUGUAUUGCCAAUUGGUAAAGCCAAGGUUGAAAAAGAAGGUACCGACAUCACCAUUGUUGGUCAUUCGAGAGCAGUUAAGUUUGCUUUGGAAGCUGCCGAAAAGUUAAAAGAGGAUUAUGAUAUCAAUGCCGAAGUCAUUAACUUGAGAUCAAUCAAACCAUUGGAUGUUCCAACUAUUAUCGAAUCAUUGAAAAAGACUAACCAUUUGGUCACUGUUGAAAAUGGGUUCCCUGCUUUUGGUGUUGGAUCAGAAAUUUGUGCUCAAAUCAUGGAAAGUGAAGGUUUUGAUUACUUGGAUGCUCCAGUUGAAAGAGUCACUGGUUGUGAAGUUCCAACUCCAUAUGCCAAGGAAUUGGAAGAUUUUGCAUUCCCAGAUACAGAAACUAUCUUGAGAGCUUCAAGAAAAGUCUUGGGCUUGUAA